ACUUUUCUGGCUUCUUUUAGAUUUUAACACCUGUCUUGAAUUUACGGAAGUGUCCGGAGAUCAAAAGCCUUAAACAAUGGCGAUGGCUGCUUCAUACAAAGUGGUUCUGGGCUCAAUAGCCUUUGCAGUCUUCUGGGUUUUAGCAGUUUUCCCUGCUGUCCCAUUUCUACCAGUUGGAAGAACAGCAGGGUCCUUGCUUGGAGCCGUGCUUAUGGUUUUAUUCGGAGUGAUAACCCCAGAUGAAGCUUAUGCCGCCAUUGAUUUACCCAUCCUGGGUCUUUUGUUUGGCACCAUGGUCGUCAGUGUUUAUCUCGAAAGAGCGGAUAUGUUCAAGUAUUUAGGUAAGUUGCUUUCGUGGAGAAGUAAAGGUGCUAAGGACUUAAUCUGCAGAAUCUGUUUGGUUUCUGCAAUUUCAAGCGCUCUUUUCACUAAUGAUACCUCCUGUGUGAUCUUGACUGAGUUCGUGUUGACAAUUGCAAGGCAACAUAAUUUGCCCCCUCAUCCGUUCCUGUUGGCACUUGCUUCGAGUGCGAAUAUCGGGUCUUCGGCCACACCAAUCGGGAAUCCACAGAACUUGGUGAUUGCGGUUCAGAGCAAGAUUUCGUUUGGUGAGUUCGUUGUUGGGAUUUUGCCAGCAAUGCUCGUUGGAGUUUCAGUGAAUGCUUUGAUCCUUCUGGUUAUGUAUUGGAGAUCAUUGUCUGUUCAGAAAGAUGAAGAAGAUGGGACUACUGAAGUUGUGGGUGAAGUUGAGGUGAGUUCCCAUCGGUUUUCGCCGGCUACGAUGUCGCAUCUUUCGUCUUUGAACUUUGAGGAAUUCAUGGAUCCUCCAAGCUCUGCCAGCCACAUCAAUGGAAGCUCAACUCAUGCUGACACUCUUAGAAACAGAGUCAACUCGGAGGAUCAACAUGAAAUCCAGAGAUCACCCGGUGUAAGGAAUUCGGAUGCAUCAAGGGAGUUGGCUAAUGCGAUUCCAUCGACCGAAUCAUUUGCAGUGCUAAAUUCAGAACAAAAAGAGACAGUAAAAGGAAGAUGGAAGAACAAGUUUUGGAAACUGUGUGUGUAUUUAGACACUAUUGGGUUGCUGGUUGCUCUGCUUAUGGGACAAAACAUGUCAUGGACCGCUAUUACUGCGGCACUGGCGCUUGUUGUUCUUGAUUUUAAGGAUGCAAGCCCUUGCCUGGAAAAGGUAUCGUAUUCGCUUUUGGUUUUCUUCUGCGGAAUGUUCAUAACAGUGGAAGGCUUCAACAAAACCGGAAUCCCAAGCACCCUUUGGGACUUCAUGGAACCCUAUUCAAAGAUCGAUCGUGUUUCGGGGAUCGCAGUUCUUGCUAUUGUCAUUCUCGUCCUCUCCAAUCUGGCCUCUAACGUACCAACCGUUCUGUUGCUUGGAGGGCCAGUGGCGGCAUCGGCAGCAACAAUAAUAUCGGCGAGUGAAGAGAAGAAGGCAUGGCUGAUAUUAGCAUGGGUGAGCACCGUUGCCGGAAACCUAUCUCUGUUGGGAUCGGCGGCGAUGAUAGUAUGCGAGCAAGCUCGUCGAGCGCCAAACCUUGGCUACACUUUGUCUUUCUGGAACCACCUCAAGUUUGGACUUCCUUCCACACUUAUAGUCACUGCUAUUGGUUUGACACUCAUUAGAUGAUCAGCACAAAAUGUUCGUAAAAUUAAAAAGGGCUCAACUUACAAUAGAAAAAGCAAGAUAAUUGGUUUUAGUUUGAAAAUCCAUUGCAGUCCCUUAAUCAAGAGCUGUAUAAGGUUUUCAUCAAAUCCUAUGGUUAUGUUAUAUUCAUCAG